CUUGUAGUUCCUCUCAACUCAAUGGUCGACAAAGAAAUGCGGCAAGGAGGAGAAAAGUGGAAAUAGAACUGCAUAUCUUCUUUCGAGCAGUUUGUAAACAAACAAAAACUUUAAUUUUGCUGGAAGUUUCUGUUAUGAGUGAUGCCAUUCUUACAAAGAGUAAUAGAGCCUGUUCAUGUGUGCAGAAAUACUCUACCUCUUGAUGAACAAGGUACUCUUGCAGUGGAUGUGCCAAAUGAGUUGGAAUGUGUUACUAAUGGAACAUUAGCUAACAUUAUUCGGCAGUUGUCAUCUUUAUCUAAACAUGCUGAAGAUUUAUUUAGCAGUUUGUUCAGGGAAUCUUCAUCUAUUGUAGCAAGAGCAACAUCUUUACAAGGACGCAUAGAUCGUUUGGCUGUCAAAGUCACCCAGUUAGAUUCGACUGUUGAAGAAGUUUCUUUGCAUGAUAUACACAUGAGAAAAGCAUUUAAGAGUUACAUCGUGUAUGAGCAGCAAGUGGUGUCUAGAGAAUCUAUGCCAGCAGCUAUGAGAGAAAAAUACUUUAUGUGUGACAAACCACCUCCAUUGGAUAAACUCAAUCCUUAUAGAGAGGAUGGAAAAGAUGGAUUGAAAUUUUACACUGAUCCAAAUUACUUUUUUGAUCUUUGGAAACAAGAAAUGCUGAAAGAUACUGAGAAAAUUAUACAUGAUCGUGGAAAAAAGGUCUCUCAUUCAAAGGAAGGGGCUGAGAAUCCGAACCAAAGAGUCAAACCUGAGUGUAAAAAACAUAGGAAGAACAGACAACCUCAUACAUCUAAAGAGAAGUACAAACAAAAUAUAUCAUCGGCCAAGGAAACUAAACCUUCUAACUAUAAUUACUAUUAUAGUGGCGUUCCUAUAGGCAACAAUCAAAUUCAACCGGAUGCUCAACCAAUUAGACCCAACAGUUUAGAGCUUCAUUCUCCUUACUUUAAUCAACAACAAGCUCCUUAUUCGGACAGCUCAAAACCACAAUAUCCUCCACCUCCGCCUGCCUAUACAGAGCACCCUAUAUCGCCACAACAACAUUAUCCACCACCCCCAUAUGCUGCUUCUACUCCUGAGAGACAAGUUUCUUCUCCGUCUGGAACUCCUACCCGAAAUAUUUAUCGUAUCAAUUCAUUGCGGCCAUCUCAGCCUCCGCCUGCUCCUCCAGCACUUAGUUCUGCAAGCUCUAGUGGAUCGUCUACACCCACUGUUUCAGUCGGCACACCGUCAAGUGGAACUGGCCGAUAUCGCAAUAAUUCUCAAAGAGAUAACUUACCACCCCCACCACCACCUCCUGUUUCAACCACUACCGAAUCUCCUUUGCAUAAUUCUGUAAAAAGGAAAGAAUCUCAAACCUCCUCUGAUUUAAUCAUGUCUCCUUUGCACAGUCAUGAGGAAAAGCCACAAGGUAAUGGAAACAUGGAGAAGAAAAAUAAUAGUCCAAAAAACCUCUCACCUGGUAGUAAUAAUAGUGGAAGUGGAAGUAAAUCAAGUCUAGAUAAAACUAUGGAAGAAAAAUCUAAUGAGGAGGUAGAUUUGCCACCGCCACCUCCACUACCUCCAAGUAUUCCAAACGAGGAGCCGAAAGAAAAAGCAUCUACAUCUCCAAAAUCUGAAUCAUUACCGCGAGAAGAGCCUGUAUCGCAUCCUCCACCACCGCCUCCUCCUCCAUUGCCACCCUUGGAAGAUCUUGUCUUGGACAUAGCUGAAAAUGGUAGUAUUUCUGAAAAUCAAAAUAUGGAGGUUGUGUCAAUUACAUCUGAAUCAGCUAGUGAAACAUCAAGUGUUAGUAAAUUUAGUGAACAUUUUAACUCCAAAUCAAAAUUCUCUGGUCAAAAUGAUGGAAGAAGUGAUCUUUUGCAAGCUAUAAGAGAAGGUAUAAAACUACGGAGGGUUGAAGAUCAUAAACAAAAAGAAGUAGAGAAAGCAGCUCCAUUGCAUGAUGUUGCUUCCAUUCUCGCCCGAAGAGUAGCGAUGGAGUUUUCUGAUUCUGACUCACAAUCUGGGAGUGAAUAUGAUAGUGAUGGCUGGGAAGAAGAUGCUGAACAUGCCAAAACAUAACGAAAACUUUAAUACUUAAACAUUUUUAGGAUAAUUGGAAUUCUGUAAUUUGUCUGAAAGAGGAAGAUAGCAUCAUCAAGCUCUCUGUCCUGCAUACUGUGAUGUUUUUGAACUGCUAAAUUCUGAUUCGAACAAAAAUAUUACUCUUCUAAAUAGUUUAAAAUUAAAUUUGAUUGUUUGAAGAACCUUUAAAAAGUUAAAUAAUAUGUUGCUUAUAAUAAAUAUAUAACUAUAGAAAUUAAAAUUAUGAAAUGUUCCAUAGUGUAUACUUUAGGUCAGAUGUUACAACUUUAUAAUGUUUAUUGUGUAUUAUAUUUCAACAAAAUAUUUAAACUGUUGCCUUUUAUUAAUAAGUCAUAUAGAGCACGGAAAGUUAAAUAUAUAUAUUAGGUUAUCAAAUAUUCACAAAGCUGAUAUUUUUCUCAUUAUGGCAUAUGAUGAAAUAUUUAAUAUCUGUACAACAAAGAAUGAAAUCUAAAGUAAACCUAGACAGUCUUUUUUUUUAAAUUUUUAUAUUUGUUGCCAACUAUUGCAGUAUAAUUAAAUAUUUGAGUUUAAUAAUUUUACUAUAACAAAGUUAUGUUAUGUGCUCCAUUCGCUUAAUAAAUAAUUAUGAAUUACAUCAUGACUGUCAGAUAGUUUUACAUUAAAGUAAGAUUUAUUUUGCUGUUAAAUUUUAAAAAAAAGUAUAGAAAAAGACAUAAAAUUUAUAAGAAUACGCCAAAUACAACAUAAUAUUUAAAAUCUAAACAAUUAUGGAAUCUAUAGUAAAUUUAUGCAGUAUUUGUUUUUUUAUCGUUAUAAUUCUUGCUAAUAAAAUAAUAAAAUUAAAUAUUUGUAAUUGCAGAAUAUGCUAUAAUAAUAUUUAUACAAUAUAUGCUUGAUUCACUUUAAAAACAGAUUAUAAAAUGUGUUCACUGGAAUGUUAUUUUACUUAAAGUUUAUUUUGCUGCUGAAUUUUAUGCCAAAACAUUAAGAAAAUUGAGAGAGAAAAAAUUUGCAAUAAUGUUCCAAGUUAAUCUUCAUUAUGUACUCUGUUCACUCUAUCUGUGCUUUUAUCAUAUUUAGAAUUAAUAGCAAUGCGUUAUGUUAUCACAAUUUUAUAAAGAUUGAUGUUGGAAAUAUAUGAUUUAUAUGGUUGUUUUGAAUUUUAAUAGCUUGAUGGUAAUUUUCUUUCAGUUUGUAAGUACAAAAUGUUACUUAAAUAAAGUUAUGUGACAAGGAGUAUAAGCACAAAUGUGGCACAAUGAUAAAGAUAAAUCAUUGUAAUUUUUUAACAGUUUUGUUGUGUGAUUAUAAAUUUCAAUAAAUUGUUUGCAGCUUGAUUCCUAAUUUGAAGUUAGAGUUCUCAGUUUUUUAAUUGACUACAUAGUUUUGAUGUUCAUGUAUAUCAAUCAUAAAGUGUAGACAUUUUUUAUUGUGUGAUCAUUGAGAUUGUGUGUUUGUGCUGUACCAAUUAUUGGUGUUUUACUACUUAAAUAUUUUAAUGUAUGGUAAUGUAAAAUCUUAACUUUAAGUAAUUUUUUUUUAUUUAUUUAAGGGUAAUCUAAUGUACUGCUUAAUGGUUUUCUAUCUCUUAUAUUUAUUUAUUGAAUCUCAUUUAUGCUCUUAUUUUAAACAUAUAUUUUGCUGUAAUGUGUUCAUUUUGAAAUUAAAAAUAUUUUGUGUCUGUCUAGUAGAACACACAGUUCUACUUGUGAGAAGGUUUCUGCAGCAUUUUUAGUUG